AUGAUAUUCGCUACUGCACUCUCAAGGCCUGGGAGACUCUGCCAGCCUAAUUCCUCUUCACCGACCAAUGUCGAAUGUCACGAAGCCCUUGUCGGCGUUAUUUCAAAUCCAGGUGGUUAUCACACCAACCUGACUGGUGCCUCUGCCGGCGAAAGACGCGGCGUAUUCAACUUGCCUUGCCGAUUACCUCUGGGUCGGGGACCUGGACAGGCAGAUCCGCUGGAGUUUUUCUUUGCCAACAAGGACAUGCUUGAUAUUUAUCAAGGAGUCAUCUCGCGGUUCGGAAGUAGUGACCAAAUGGCAGCCACAGGCACGAUCACCUGCGAAGGAAAGAAGGUCCAGUGGUGGAUCGAUUGA